UAUCCACAGCCUGUCCUGUUGUUCGCAGACGCACUGAGGCUCAGUUCUUACGUUUGCUUUUCUCUUUGUACUUAGUCGCUGAUUUGUUGAAAAAGAUUGCUCUCAGUUUUUAAGUUUCUGGCGGAGUUCAAGGGAGACAAAGGCCGGACCAUAUUGAGACUUUAAAGGACAGGAGGCAAAGGGAAGACGGAGCAGUACUGGAUGGACCGUCGCUUGAAUUCUUCAUGCACCACAUCACAGAGAUGGGAAUUAUUCAAAGACUCAUAAAGAGGAAAUUUUAACCGAGAGGAGAGGACCGGUGCCUUCUGAGAAGUGAACUAGCUUUCAGGGUAAUGAGCAAUGUGUGAACUUGUUAACUAGCCCUGUUCUGUUUGACCUUAAUUUAUACUGAUGAUUAGUCAUCUCAUCAGAGUUCUUGAUGAAAAGCCAAGGCUUGUGUUGCCUCGGGCAGACUCGAAAGAAGGAUUGGGAGAAAAAGUAGCUGCUGUUUUCCUCGGAGAAGGCUUUUGCAUAUCCUUUGGCAAGGAACUUAAAGCAUUUAAAAAGCUAAUUUAUUUGGACUGACUUCAAGAAAAGAAAAACACACCACAUUGACAUUUAUUUCCGUAAUGGAUUUGGAUUAGUUCUAGCUUAACCCAGGAGCAUGACGUUUAUCUACCUGGAUCCAGCUCAUCAAAAGAUCCAAGAAGUUAUUGAUAAUCUCUGUUUUCCCAGGCAAUGGAGCUCCGUAAGAGAGUUAAGCUGAGCCAUCUUGAGCAUAAUUUGGUGUUUGCGCAAGUUGCACCAGCUGAAGGGAGAUGCAACAGUACUGGGACAGCGUUGCCACACAGGAGAGGGGCAGGGAGGGGGGUUUCUCCGCUUGGACGAUCCGGUACUUGUUCCGGUUCAGACAUUCUACCCCGGUGGCCUUGGCAACACUGUGUUUCCAUGGCAGCAGGGCUGUUACUGGCUGGGCUGCUGGCUCUGACUCAGGCCUGGUUUGUCAACGCCAUACAUGAGAAUCUGCUGUGGUUCUCUCAGCUCAAGGAAGUGGAGCGGGAGAUCUCUUUUCGGACUGAGUGUGGACUGUACUACUCCUACUACAAGCAAAUGUUGCAAGCCCCUUCCGUGCAGGAAGGGCUUUCAGAAUUGAUCCAUGACAACUUGACAGAAUCCAAGAGGACCAUUAAUCUCUUACAACGAAUGAAUAUCUACCAAGAGGUCUUUCUUAGUGUGCUCUACAGAUUGUUGCCCAUACAGUCGUAUCUGGAGCCAGUGUAUUUCUACAUUUACACCGUUUUCUCGCUCCAAGCUGUGUACGUGAUUGCUUUGUACCUCACCGCGUGGCUCCUGUCUGGUUCUUGGCUGGCUGGUACGCUCACUGGGCUCUGGUACAUCCUUAACAGGGUGGAUACCACUCGUGUAGAGUUCACCAUCUCCCUCAGAGAGAACUGGUCAUUGCCCUUCUUAGCGCUGCAGGUCACCACUAUCACCUGCUACCUCAGGCCUCAGCUCAUUGCCUUGCAGCAGAAGGUGAUGGUGUGGUUGAUGUACGUGACGACAUUCUGUUUCUGUCUGACGUGGCAGUUCAACCAGUUCAUUCUACUUGUUCAGGCUUUCAUCAUUUAUACCCUUGACUGUGCUGACUUCUUAACAACUACACAGGUGACCACUCUGUACCUGGUUCAAGUGAGCGGCCUUUUGAGUGUGUGGCUCCUCCAGUUCUGUAACUCUAUGAUCCUGGGAUCACUGGUCCUGAGCUUCAUUGUAGCUGCGCUCUUCGUCAGACACUGCCAGUCUGGUCUGAAGACGGGAAGCCUGCUGGUUCGCCUGGGCAAAAUGCUCCUCCACAGCGCCAUGGUUCUUCUCCUCGCCUUCACCAUCAACUACCUGGCAAAGAAAGCACUUCAGCUCAGAUCAGACGAACACAUCUUUAAAUUCAUCAAGUCGAAGUUUGCCUUGGGGCCGACAAGGGAUUUUGAUGCCAGUUUGUAUCUGUGUGAGGAGGCCUUUGGCUUGCUGCCCCUGGACACACUGGAACGCCUGGCUGGUACCCUGCUGCUUUACCCCUACAUUAUCACUCUACUGCUGCUCAGCGGCAUGCUGGCUAUGGCAGCACUGCAGAAGUUGAGACCUAAAGGAAGUUCAGCGGAAGAGAGGAAAGGAGCUGGAGAUGGCCGGCCGGUGGCUUUCCGUCCAGAUGUGGCUUAUAAUCUGUUGCACACACUCUUCUAUGGCCUCCUGGCUUUCAGCACUAUGAGAAUGAAGUACAUAUGGACUGGCCACAUGUGUGCAGUUGCAGCCUAUGGUGUGUGUGGGACUGAGCUGUGGACUCUGCUUCUGAACGCUCUCCGCUGCAACACUAAAGUUCUGUUAAGGCUUGUUAGAUAUGCCGUUCCAUUGGUGAUGAUCGGUUGCCUGUAUUAUAAGUUCUGGCCUAAGGUGAUGGAGGAGCUAUCAGAACUGAGGGAGUUUUACGAUCCAGACACUGUGGAGCUCAUGACCUGGAUUAGCACAAAGACCCCCAAGCAGGCAGUGUUUGCCGGAAGCAUGCAGCUCCUGGCUGGAAUCAAGCUGUGCACAGGCAGAGUUCUCACCAACCACCCCCAUUAUGAAGAUAAAGACCUGCGGGAGAGAACCAGACAGGUGUAUCAGGUGUACGCUCGCCGUUCCCCGGAGGAAGUCUAUGACAUCCUGAGGGCUGCUGGAGCUGACUAUGUGGUGCUGGAAAACAGCAUCUGUUAUGAGCGGAGGCACAGGCGAGGCUGCAGACUGCGGGACCUGCUCGACCUGGCCAACGGACAUAUCAUGGAUGGACCAGGAGAGAAUGACCUAGACCUCGUUCCUGCCAGCCACCCUCGAUUUUGUGAGGCCAUCAAGAUGGAUACAGCAGCUUACAAUGCUCUGUUCACCAGAACAUUCCAGAACAAAACCUUCCAUGUGUACCGGAUCAAGAAGAAACGCAAGAAAAGUACCAAGGGCUCGUCAGAGCCCAGCGUGACUCAGUAGCAGGAUCAGGGCUUCAAGAAAAGCCCCAACAGAGGGGAGCGAGAGGGAACAGGAGAAGAAAUAAAACACUGAAUCCUUGCUGUUCCUCGGUCUCUCUGCACUGCAUCCAGCUGUGAUCAUGCCUAUUAUUUUUUAAACACAUGGCUCUGUGAACUGUGGUGUUGGAGCAGUGGGUCAGUUCAAGCUUGGAGCUGCAAUGUUUUAGUUAGCAGGGUGUGGGAGCACCUGUAGGGGUCAUGCUUCAGGCUGUACUGUCUCCACUUGUCCCGAAAAAACAAAAACUAAAAAAAUUCUAAUGUUUCAAAAAUUGAUGCUGAAGAACUUAACACACUGUAUUCAGAAAAAUUGUUUGCUUUAUAUUUGCUGUCAAGUUAAUUUUUGCCAAUGAAUCUAGGGAAAGUAAAUGUAAGAUUUGUCAAAAGAUUCUGGUUAUUUGAACCAGCCUACAUCCACUUCCAAAAUGGCCAGACCCAGCUAUUGGAACCCAAACUCAAACAGCCAAUUAAUGGUUUCUGUAUCCACAUGUCCACAAUGGUAUGCGAGACAUACAUUUCAGCAUCCAGUCAAGGCAACCAAGAGUCUCCACACUUAAACUGCACCAGCUGCACAAGUGGCAGAAAAAGAAAUGGUACUCCAAAAAAUGCUUGUCUUAUGAACAGACUUUACCAGGAGAUUCUCAGUCAUCCGCACCUUUUUAUUUCAUUGUUAAGAGUUGUAGUUAAAGUAGACACUGCAUGACUUUGGAGGUGCUUUGAUUUAUAGAUGCUUACCACCAAUGGUUCUCAAACACACUAGGAAGUUCUAAGUUCUUCAGAAAUCCUGUGCUUUCUCUGGAAUAAUGACACUAAUACGGUGUAAAAAGUGUCACAGCCUUUCAGGAAACUCCACAGGAGCACUGUGUGUGUUUGUGUUUGAUAUGAAAAGCAAUGAGACUGUUGGUGUAGCAGCCCCAUGUGUACAUGUUGUAGUGUGAAUAGAACCACGUGUCUCUGCUGUCCGCUUUCAAAGUCUGUAUUGGUGGUGUUGAAACCAUGAGUUUUUCUUUAUUAGCAUGAUAUGCAUUUGAAAGUUCAAAUUGCCACUGUGGUUCUGACCUAUGUCAGUUAUAAAUAGUGAUAGAGGUAGACAUUAGAGAUAUAAUAAAAUAACCAGUUCAUAAACACUUGUACACUGCCAAUUAUUUUCGUGCAGUGUUGACUUGAACUGAAGCAAUGGACUCUUUCUAAAUAUGGCAAAAUUAGAAAAUAAAAAUGAAUAAGCAAAGGAGUAAAGCAAUUUUAAAACUCUUUUUUUUGGGAAAAGAUGUAGAUCUAAUGAGAAAUGACCUAGAGCUUGAUUAUUCUAAUUGAAGGCAAACUAUUGCCUUCAUAAACUAAACCCUUCCUAUCCUGUUCCUCACGGUGCAUUUAAUGAGCUUUUCCUUUGCUUUUAGCCAUAUAUUUGGAUGACUCAUCUCAUGGAAGAGAUGUUUGUAUGAAGUCACAGGAGCUGCUGAGGCUCAGUCACCAACUGUUUGGUUUUUAUUGCUUAGUGCCAUUGAGCUGACUAGCUGUUUGUGGUGCUGAACUAACCGACAGCACAAUGAGACAUGUCAGUGCUACAGUGUCACAGUGCUGUGAGGUGCGAGACUUCUUGUUGCGUCACUUUCUGCAAACCUUUCCUCUCUGUCAGUUUUUACUUCGAAAGAGGAGACCUCAUGAAGGAGCAGCACAGCUAAUAAUACCCCACUGCUGCUUACUCCAUUUAGAACUCUAGCCCUCUGUUUCCCUAAAGGUCAACAAAAGCAUAGUCUGAUUCACCAGAUUGACCACCAGAUCACCAUAUGAUUUUUAUUCACCAGGUAUAAGCCUGUCAUUUCACCAGCUUUCUCUAGCCCUUCCGCUAUCCACAAGUUGCCAUUUUUUGAAACCCCUUUCAGUAUGGGAAGCAACAACCUCCAGGCAGCAACCUACGAAAGUGAAAAUGUCUAACUUUGCAGAGGAUUUGGAUUGUGCAGUGAGGCAGCCUUGCUGGUUUCUUUGGUUGACAUUGCUUGCCUCGAUGUGCACAAAAGUUCCACUAAAGCAAUUCGCUGGACCCUGUUCUUAGCUGUGCCUAAUACAAAUAAUUGUGAUUGUGUGGGUGUUUUUUGCCCUAUGGGUCAUUCCAGAAUUGGAGAACAUUCAAAGUCUUUGCAAAAUACACCUUCUCUUUUACAAUUUUCUGCUCCAUACUCAUCAAUAAUAGAUAAAAGACUAUCAAAGGCUUGAUUGGCUCAGCUUACACAUCAGUGGUACCAUUUUAUUCCAUAUUUUAUCUGCUGUUUGCUAACCCUAAUGUAAUCACAGGAACAGGGUUGCAAAUCCAUGCUAAUGUUAGCAUUUUCUCAGGAGUAGAAGCUAGAUAUUUAGCUAGCUGUUACUGCUGACCAAGAGGACAAACCUGAUGUAAAAAAGUAAAGAAUAAAGUAUAAGGACAUGUGAGGAAAUGUGAGACAUUGAAUCAAGGCUGACAAUGUUCUGGAAUGACCCUGAUAGCAGAAUGAUAUUGAGGUGCAGUCAGACCAUUCUCCAACACUGACAUAGCACUGUGAAGAUGGGUCUGGCUAUGCAAGAAUACUUGCCUCAUAAAUUUUCAACAACAUCAGUUUUUUUCUUUGAAAGAGGAAAUUAAAUGAAAGUUCAUGUUGCUGCACAGCUAAUAAUAUGCUACCACAGCUUCCACUAAAAAAUCUCACCCUCCGUUGCCACCUAAAGUCAGCAGUAGCAUGACAGGAUGGUCAGAAAUACACUUUUUUGGCGCAUGGAUCAGCUCCACUUCUCCAAGCAAAUUCACAGAUUAUUGCAAUCCUGCAGACAAAAAUAUUUUUAGCCCCAAAUUUCUGGUGUCACAGGGCCUUCAUGAUUUCAUCUGCAGCACUUUUGGACGUCAUUUAAUAUUUAAGCAUCACCCUUGACCAACUCGUGGAGUUCAUGAUAACAGUAGCAGAAAGGUUGCAGGGUGGAGGUAUUACUCAGCUGUGGCAUAUGUGGUGGGGAAAGCCCCACUGAGUAAGUUAGACCACUAGCUUGGCUCAGUCUGGACUCCAAUGUUGUCACUUUUUGGCAGGGCACGUUCGGCCAUGGUGAUAAAUGUUAUCAAUUACUCCUGCAAAGAAAAGGGAAGAUAACUACGUUAGUUUCGAUUCCCGCUCGGGUGCUUAAAUGUGCUUUUGCUGUAAAACUGAGGUCAAAGCUGGUACCAAGUGAUAUUUGUGACGCCGUCGUCGUCGUGAUUGCUGUCAUGUUUUUCUUUCUGUCGGCUCUGUGAUUCUCAUCAGCAGCAGUCUCAACCUUUUCACUCUUCUCGCUCUCACACACACACACACAGCUACAAACACACAUGAAUAAUGUAAGUGGCGAGGAAAUUGCAGCAGGCUGACAACGGCGCUGAUUCCCCGCCGCAAUCCAAAAUAGUUUGAGAGAGAGAGAGAGAGAGAGGGGGCCAACACUUGCAUAUCAAACUGAGGCUUUGUGGUUAGAAAAGAAAGUGGGGAGGAGGAGUGCGGAGGACAGAAAAGGCUCAUGUUUAAACAGCAGCAGAGGAGAAAUGAGAGUGCAUCAAAACAUGGAUUCACAAUGAUCUGAACCUCUUCCUCAUUUUUCUUUUUUCUGCAUAGGUAAUUACUGGUUGGCCGGUGAGACACUCCACCAUUAUGUGUAUCCAAUACACACACCCAUUUUCCCCUCCUUCUUCUCAUCUCAGUUUGCCUAUAUUUGUACACUUGUUAAUAAGGACCUCUGUCUUUGAUAAUCCACACACUGGCAGAUGCGUGAACACCCCUGCACAUGGCAGUUGCGGGGCUUUUUGAAUACCAUGUUGUUCGUUAACCGCGCAGCCUCAUUGUAAUUGCAUACCAAUCGGAUCAGUGUGGAACAGCAGCGCUUGUUCUUCUCCCUCCCGCCCUCAUAUUGGAUGUUUAAUUUAGGAGAUGUCUGAUUGCUUUAUUUGAGAGUGAAGUGAUUCCAUUAUGUUUGCCUAAUAAGAGUGUACUAAUGUAAUAUUUUUUUUCUGCACUGUUAAUUUACAUACAUAUUGGGAUUAGUAGUUCAUUCGGAGGCACGCUGUCUGCCUAUGGUUUUCUUAAUGAAAAGGAGAUGAAGGCAGUUGUUAACUUGUGUGCAGAUGUAGAAUUCGGCUCUGUUUUAAAGAAAUAGUGGAUGCUACUGAAAUAAAUUUUGGAAUUUAAAAGCA